ACAGCCGGCACGGAAUACGAAAUAGGAGUAAAAAACAUAAAUUCCAUAUGAAAUCAGCGCGGCUGAAGAUAAGUUUUUUUUAACAAAAAUCUUUUAAAAGUAAUAAGGUUUGCAUAGAUUCGUAUAAUUUAAAUUGAGAUAAAUAAAUUGUGAAGUUGUUACAAAUGGAGUGGUACGAAAUAGCAGUAGAUGGUGGACGCACUGUCAAAUUCUCGUCGCGAGUGCCACAUCCGGGCACUGCACAGCACCAAGAGCAAAAACAGUUGGAACAGAACGAUAGCGACGUAGUGUCUGAAGAAGAUUGUUCAGCGCCACAACAAGGAGGGAUUAUAAAAGGCGGUACAUGGUGUUGGCUAUCUAAUGGCAAUGAAUUAGAAAUUAGAGCACUACGUACUGGACAAACAAUUGCUACCUAUGGGUUUGUGGAAACACGAGGCUAUGGCAGCUGUUAUAUUCGAUGUGUAGAGGAAUUAUUUCCGCAAAAUAAGGAAAAUGUUCUUUUGGUUGUAUGCUUGGAAUGUCUUCGUACAUCCGGACGGGGUUGUAGCUUUAUAGCAAUAUAUUCCAUAGAGCAUAGUCGAGUGCUGAGCUGCAUAGAACUGCCACUACAUAUAACCGCCGCAGCUUUCAUAAGUGAAAAUUGUUGUCGACGGUCGCUAUUGCAAAAUUUCGAUGGUUGCCUUGCCGUUGGCAGUGAGGAAGGAGUUAUUUUAUUAUUGGAUUUGAAUAUCAACAAAAUAUUGAACGCAUGUGAUGAGCGUAUGAAAGGGCCAAAUAGACAAUUAACUGAUGAAUUAACGGAAUGUCAGAUAUCGGAUUAUAAUUUGCCGCUUGCCGAGAUACAUCGAUCUUUUCAACGUGCGCGUAAUGAUGGUGUACACUUUGCAUUACAAGUAGAGGUCAUCGACACUCCUUGUACUGUUCAAUGCUUACUGCCCAUCGACUUGUCCCUGGGUCUGGCCAUCGGCCUAGAAGAUGGACGUUUGGCCUUUUACGAUUUGGCUGAAAUGCAGAUAAUACACAUAGCCACGCCACAACCACAACAAGCAAUCGCCCCAAUAGUAAAGUUAUCCUAUCUAGAACCUUUGGAUGAUCCACGGCAUUGCCUUUAUGUGUGGGCAAUGCACGAGGACGGCGACAGUUUGAACGCGGUUUUGCAUACACUUAUUUAUGAGAAACGUUUGGCUGAAAAGGAUGGAUUCUACUAUUUCGAGACAUUCCUCACAGGUACAAUACGUUUACAACUACCGUUGGAGACCAACAAAAGUAUUGCCUUUGGUUGCCAGUCAAUUAAUAAAAUUCCAAACGCCAAUCUGCAUAAUAAUGGUGUAAAUCUAAAUACGACACAAACAGAGGAAGAUGGUUAUUGCUUAUGUGCGCUCACCUGGUUUUCUACCCAAGAGGAGAAAAAUAAGUUACUUAUAUUUGAUUUGAAUCAAUGGUAUAAAGAGGAAAUGCCAUUUAGUAUUACGAAUCAGAAAUGUCCCAGUUAUUUAGCGGGAUACGUGUUGAGUGGGCGGCAAUGUGCGCUUAGCGCUUUUCUUAAUCCUAGCACUGUGGCGCAUUUCAGUUCAUUGCAGCGCUUUGAAGAGCACUUCUAUCCCAAUUCGCUUAGUUUCGAUUGUCUACUCUUACUGCCGGACAGCUCACUUGGCUACACCUGGAUUGGUGCACAAAAUAAAAUCAUCAAUAUGUUGCGUGCCAGUAAUUCGAGUAUUUUUCUUGAGCCAGAUAUGUAUUUUAGAGAGAUUCUGCGUACACGUUUAUUACCGCAAUUUUCCGAACUUAAUGUGGAUUCCACUUUCUCGCGGCUUGCUAUCUAUGAAACGAUUCUAUCGGUCGCUUUAGAACACAACUGUUUCAGUCUUCUUCGCGAUUGUGCUAAAUGUUGGGCAGAUGGCAGUUUCAUGGGUUGCAACUUCACCGCCACCACAGGCAUUUCGUUGUCUACACUCACCGAUUGGAUUUGGAAACGUGCAACCGACAUUAAGGCACGUUGCAAUGACCUUUCAAAGGGUCUAUUCGAUUUUGCCGGUUUUCCAUUGGAUCAACGUGAGCAGAAAGAGUUGGGCUUCUUGACUCGCCAGCUGAAACGGCUAGGCGAUUUGCUCAAUGAGGUACUAACCACAGGCAAACGCUAUAUACCCAAUAACGUUUACCUCAAGCUCGAAACGCAACACAAAUCAUUAAAAAUGGCUUCCGAGUAUCAAGAUGUGUUGCUCUGGUUGCUGAACAUUGGUUUACUACCAGAAAUGCAGGAAAAUCGUAAUAAUUUUAGCUUAUACAAACCGUAUGGCAAGAACAAAGUUGUGUACAAGGCUAACCAGUCUAACACAAACGCUAUACAAUAUCCCUACGAUGAUUUGCAGAAUCUCUAUGCGCGUAGACGUGAAUUCUUCGCACGUAGUAAUGAAAAUUUCAUCUCAAAGAAGACUGGAAGUUGUCGUCUGCUUUUCAUUGAUGCACUUAUAUCACACGAAUGCAAGAGCGAUGGUUUGCGCGAGUGUUGGCUGGAGAAUGGUGGCACUGGCCUGUAUCCACCACCAUCCAUAGAGGCAAUGCUACGUGUUAUGCUUGUGCCUGAACUAGAAUUUGAAAGUAAAUGUGCGAUUUUGUUGUACUUCUUUUUGGAUUUACACAUGACCAUUGACGAGGAGGCGCAUAAAGAAAUAGUCGAGAGCUUUGUAAAAUUCCCAAGCGUUUUCAAGCUAACUGCCACAUUGAUUAAGACGGUGCAAUCGCUUUGGAAUCUGGACCAUGGAUUAUUUCAGCCCGCCGUCGAUGAGUUCAUAUCGCCCUUCAACAACAAUCAAACGUAUAGCCAGUGGAUGCUAGAACUACUCAUCGAAUCAUUGCUAACGCAGAAUGCCGCACAUUUUGCCUUGCGAAUCCUCGAGGCACGUCCCACACUCAUUUCGCCCGUACUCAAAUUGAAGACUCUGCUUGCAAAUGAGCUAAUUUCAGAAGCUUUUCAUUUUGCGCGCACCAACCAGGAAGAUACACUGUUGGAGCUCUUCUUCAAAUGUUGUCUCUGCACCGGGAAGUAUGGCGUCAUACGAGAUUUGGCGCUCAAUGAGCGAGAAGGACAAUUGGUGCAGCGCAUAUUGCGUAGCAGCAAAACACACGGCGCCGAAAACUUGCAUUUCGUUUAUUUGCUGCAAAAGUCCAAAUACAUUGAAGCUGUUUCCUAUAUGGAUGAACUGUCGCGUACAAAGACGUUACGCAGUCACUAUGGCAAUGAGAGUAGCAUUGCAGGUAACACUGACACGCCAAACUUGGUGCUGUCCGCCUUUAAUACAACAAUGGCGCCUGUGACACAAGGUUUGACCGAUGUCUACUUUCGCAUUAAGAAUAAAAUCAAGAAAAAGGAAACGGACAAUCGUUCACCUGUGCCGCUAAGCUGCCAAUUGAUUAAGCAAAAUGCCAAUAAUUUGCUAGGUGGCAUCUACCACAGCUCCGCUUUGAGCGCACACUUUGCCACUUAUUAUUGGGGUGAAAUUGAUGAUGAACGCCGUGAACGCAAUGAAGCGCCGCUUAACUCACUGCUAAGUGCGAAUAAUGCGCCAUUCCUGCGUAAACCACAAGUAGACACUUGCCAUUUACCGUUAGAGCUAUCUGCGCAGACUGGCGUUUCAUAUCCGCAGCCGUACAGGCUGACCGAAAAGCGUACGCUGGUAGAGCGCGAGCUAGAACAAGCUGACGCUACGGAAGAGCUGCCGAAUAUUAUGUUAAAUACGACUGCGCAACCGCGUAAACGUCGGCGUUUGCUGGGUCAGGAAAUCGUGGAUGAUUUGGGUCAUUUCAUGCAGAUGAACAAAGCGGCACAACAGCUGACAGCACACGGUUUCGAUUUGAAGGGCGCUGGCGAUGCACAAGCGAAAGUGAGUGAACCGACUGUCGUCGCUACUACGGAUUAUCUCAUGCAGCCGCUGAGCACACCGCGGCGACAUGUGGUGACUUGUGACGAAAGUCGUGGUAAUUUGUCAGCCACUUCGGAGUUGCACAGCAUACUGAAGACCAGUAAUACGCCGGAGAGAAGUAUGCGUGCGCAGAGUGCGCGCAGAGAAUUGCACACAGCAAUGGACGAAAGUAAAAAUUUACGUUUCAAAUUACCGGCCACCGAUAUAGUGGAAGAAGAAGACACGCCAGUUAAGAUGCGAGACAUUUCAAUGCCAAAAGAAGAAAAAGUAAGCUCUCUUAAAAUUCAUAAAGAUUACGAUGAAGCUGUCCACAAACGACGGGUAGUAACCACAACAGCGGUAGACGACGAAGAGCCUGCCAGAAGUGAAGAAGUACCAGUUAGGAAAGCUGAAGAACCGAAGGGCUCAACACAAAAAGAUAGCGAAAUAGUCGACGACGAUCCAGUGGAUGAAUUGCUCAUUGAGGUGCGACAUGAGAGACCACCAUCUGUUGCACACUCUCCAGCGAAACUCAAAUCAGUUGCACGUGCCGUCUCUGUGGAGUCCAAUGCUUCUAAAUGUAAGAACAAUUCCGGAGGAGACGAGGAUGACGAUGAAGAAGAAGAUUUCUACUCACCCUUGUCUUCACGUAAUAAUUCUUUGCUAAUGGACAGUGUGCUUUCAUCGCAACUUAGCACAUCAAUUAGCUCAACCUUCGAAACGGCGUCUUCGAAACUAUUUCGUUUUAGUGGACCACAACCACGUAAACCACUUCCACGUCUCUCAGCCGAACGUAGUCAAAGUCGUACACCGGAAAAACAGGUGCAUGCAGAAGAGAAAAGAAUCGAUUCAAAGAAGAGGAAGGAAAACGCAGCUGAAAUUCAAAAGUCUACGCAGCAAACGGGCAUUGAAAAGGAAUCAAGCAGUGGUUACGUGAGCGCGAAUUCUUCGAGUAUCUCAAAAGCGCUCUCCACUUGUAUGGUGGACAAACCGAGUUUUCAGAUCACAUCAAUUAUGUCUUUAGCUAGCAGCGACUUUGCGCCAUACAGCUCGUCAUCGAAAAUAGCGGCUACCCAGUCAAAAUUCAACUUUGAAGACCCAAAGCCACAAGCACACCGUGGCAAGCUCUCGGAAUGCAGCACAUUGGUUGGGAGCUUCAGUGUGGAGGAAAGCGCAUUUCCAACAGAAGCUGACAAAGUCACAAAGCACACGCCAUUAGAGACGUCUAACGAGUUCGCGCAACCAAAACCCGUACACCAUUUACAGGCCAAUACUACACUAGGCAUGAGUUCGUACGAAUUUACAAGUGACGAUGUGAAAUCACAACAAACACUGUCCACUACAAAACCAGAAGUGGGUAGCUACAAAGAUAAGGCAGCGAUCUUGAAAGUUAUGGAAACAGUUGAAGUGAUGGACAUGGAUGAGCCAAUAGAGGAAACACAAAACGAUACGAGCGGUGAUAAAGAGCAGCAAAGCCAGAACGUUCAAGCUGGAAAUGUUGUUUCAGUCGCCGCUACAACUGAGAGUGACUUAUACACAACAGCACUUGGAUUGCCGACGCAGCAGCGUACAGCAGACGUGAAUAUUGAUGAUAGCGAAGAUUCGAAUGAUGUGGUUGGUCUGUAUGAGAAUAAAAGCGAAGCAGUGGAAAAGCACAGAAUUAAACAUGCCGCCAACGAUAGUGACAGUGACGUUAUUAUCUUAUCAUCCGCUCCGUCAUCGCCGAAUAUACAUGGCGAUCAACCAUUUGACUCCGAUUCUGAAAGCGAUGACGACGAAGACGAGUAUGGAGACGAUGGAGAAGAAGAAGACGAAAAUGAUGAUGAGCACGAGCGGAUCUUUAUUAAAGAUGCGAGCGAUAAUUCAAGUUCGUCUAUAGAAAUUAUUGAAGAGAGUAACAGCAGCGCCGGUAAUAAAGUCGAGGAAGAAGAGGACAACACAUCAAUAGCAGAGGAACCAAUACCACCAAAAGAGCCCGAAGUAGUUGCAUCUGUUGUAAUUAAGGAUGAAAUUGAGCAUUUCGAAAGUGAAGCAAACGAUGGAGCGGCAACUGUAACGCACUCAAAGGAAACUAAUAUCCCAAUUGGUCAUGAUACCAGCGAAGAAUCAUCUCUGCAUAGCAUUUGCGAAUCAGUGGAGAGUGAAAGCCGCAUUAUCGUUGAGGAUGCCGCUUCGAGCUGUGCUGAUUACGAAGAGUUAAUAUUGCAUGAAACUGUUAUAUUUGAGGAGUCCAACGAUGAAGAAGAAACACUGUCUUCUACCAACCUAGAGCUGGCUUCUUCAUACUUCAGCAAGAGCAUAAUUGCACAGAAUGACGGCGAGAUUUUAAUUGAAGAGUUGAAAGUAAGCGCUUAUAAUGCAAGCUCGAAAGAAGUUUAUGAAGAUCUUGGUGGCGAUGUUUUUUACUGCAACGCUGAAACAACAAAUGAAAGCAUUGAAACUAACGACUUGGUGGAAACGGAGAGAGCAGAUGAAGUAGCCAGCACUUCUGCCGGAAUCGUGAAGCAAAUAGCUAAGGUAGCUGAAAAGCGAGUCGACGAGUUGAGAAGCGGCGACGAACCUAAAGUCGAAGUACCAGCUGGCUCUGAAAAUGCUGAAGAGACUGAGGAAAUAAAGCAAGAAGCUUCAAUAUUUGAGACUCCAGUCCCUGACGCAGUAAAUGAAGAAGGCAAAGAAGAAUUAGAGGAUAAAGAGGAGCAAAUUAAACUGCAAGUAGAAGAAGACCUCAGUGACGCUGAAUUAAUGGAAGUGGAGGUGAACGCUACAAACAAGACUACUGAAUCAAGUAUGUCUUCGACAGUAGAGAAGGAUAAUAUAACCGAUGCUACUAAGGAUAAUGUAAAGGAUACAGAUACUACUAAACAUGAAGGCACAACUCUGCAAUCGGCAGAUGGAAGUCAACAAAAAUCAACAGAAGCAGCGCAAGAUCCAAAAGCCCAGCAGCUUGAUGAAAAACAAGAUGGCCAAAUGGCGCAUGUUGAAAAACAAAAAACAACACGUGAAUCCCCCGAGCACACAGAAAAGUCAUUGAAUUCAACACAAACAUCAAUUGAAACGGUUUCUUUUAAACGUUCACGUAUAAGCUCACGGUUAGAAGAAAAUGAGACAGAAAAGCCACCGUCCACACCUACGCGUAACCGAUACAGCCUUCGUGGCACUUCUGUGCCCCCAGCUCAGGUGGAAUCAACGAUUACCACACCGCUUGAUGAGGUUAGUACCCCGCGUCGUCAUACACGUGGUAUUUCAAUGCCACCGCAGACCACUGAACAACAAGUGCAAGAAGCGGCGGCACAUACGCCGAAUAUAAGUGAAAGUCGACGUCGCACCCGCGCUAGCUCAGUGCAACCUAAUGAAGAGAGCGCAGCCCAGUCUGGUACGCCGCGCACUCGUCGCAGCAUUCGCGGAGUAUCAGUGCCACAUGAUGUUGAUGAAAUGGCCAAAAGUAGUACGCCUGUGCGAACUGGACGCGGAACUUCAGUACCACCGCCGGCCACAAUUGUUACUCGGCGUCGUUCAAAUUUACUCGAUGCCAUCAAUGAAAAUACACCAGUGGUGGACUCGCCAUCGGCGCGUACACGUUCACGUUUACGAUUGAAUUCGGUCGAGAGCGAAUUGGACUCUUCCAUUGUGAGCGGCGGUGAACAGGCGUCACAAGCGAAACGAAAACGUCGUUCUUCAGUAUCAAGCAGUGUUUCAGAGCAACCAACUACACCGAGCAGCAGGCGUACACGACACAGUAAUAUAGCAGCUGCUGCUCCCGCUGCAGCGGCAGAAGGAGAGUCUACUACCGAAGUUAGUACACCUCGAAGCCUGCGGCGCACAACGCGAAGAAUGAGUGUUAAUACGGAAAAUCUACAUGAAACACAACCGUUGGAAGAGCACGAGCAUGAAACUGACGAAACUUCAAAGUCCAAUAAGACUGCAACUGAAGCCACAUUAUACUCGUCAGCGCGACGUUUGACACGCACUCAACUGGCUAUAAUGGAGAAGUCGGCAGCACUUAUUAAAAAUACAACCGUUGAAGGUUUUCGUAGUGGCGAUUCAAUAUCAUCCCCCACAAAUAAGCGGGUCAGUAAGCGGCGCAGCUCGCGUUCUACCGUGCCGGAUAGUGAUGAUGUUGAAUCGAUUUCAUCGCACUUAAGUAAUGUUUCUGGUGCACCGAAACGCCGAGUGACGCGUAGCUCGGUCAAGGACAAAGAGGAGAAUGACGAUGAUUUGGUGAGUGUUGCGAGCUCAGUUGGUAGUGAACGCGCAUCUAAGCGGCGCUCGAAAGAGUCUAAAAACUCGCCUAAUACUACAUUGAGUACCAUUCAAGAAGAUGAAGCGGAAGAUGAAGCGGGGAGGAAGAAGCGAUCUCGACAGCCCAGAAAAAAUGCAUAUAAAUCACAAGAAGAACCCAGUACAUAAGGUCAAUACUUUUUUUAUUAAUUAAUAUUUUUGUUGUUGCAAUGUAAAAUUGGAGUAAAAUACCAAUAAAGAGAAUAAUCAUUGGAAAAUUCUAAUACUACAAAUAUAAA